ACUUAAUUCAUAAUACCCGUCUUUUUUGCCACUCAUAGCCCUGUAUGGAGUAUUUUCUCUUGCUAACAGCGAGUCAUAAUAGAACUUUAAAAGGGUACUCUGGCGUCAGAUACAUGUAGUUGAAGAACAAUUAUAUUAUGUGUCCAACUAUGUGCUGACUCAUUUUAUGUUCGAAUGACUCUAUAACACAGCCAUUUAGAACUGUAGAUUUGAGGGCAUCUCAAAUAAUAUUUUUAUUUUCUGGGAGCUGAAGAAGUCUUAAGUUAUUUUUCUUUGAUGCAGCUAACACUGAACAAAGCCCCUCCCGCCCUCGAGGUAGGCUGACCGAUUACCAACAUCCUUCCAGGUGUCGCGUGGCAAAAGUUCUUGUCGGUCAGGAAGGGGAACACCCUCUCCGGGGACCUCUAGAGCCCUGGGAACUACAUUGCCCGGAAGAGCCUGGGCGGAGUUGAGCCAAGGAAGAUUGGAAUGAAGGCAUUUCCGGGCGAACUCUUGAAGUCGGGGAGGGACUUCCGGCCUCCUCCUCGUGGCGGCCAUUUUGACGGCUUUGGGUCAGUUCUGGGUUCGGGGCGCUGGAUCAGGACCCAGGUGACAGGAUUGCGGAGGCGCGGGAGGACGUCUUGUCUCUCCCCGGUGCACAAAGGCGACGCCUCCUGGGGUGUCCUGCGCCAGACUGGGGACAGGGGCCGCCGUGCCCGCGUCCCCCUCCUCUCCGGCCGCUCCGGCCCUCAGACCCCGAUGGCGGCGGCCGCGCUGAGGGACCCGCCUCAGGACAGUAUGACCUUUGAAGAUGUUGCUGUGCACUUCUCCUGGGAGGAAUGGAGGCCCCUUGAUGACGUUCAGAGGCACUUGUAUCUCAGUGUGAUGCUGGAAAACUUUGCACUUAUGUCUUCACUGGGUUGCUGCUGUGCGACAGAGAACACAGAGUCACCCUUUCAAUCAAGCGUUUCUAUAGACAUGUCACCGGCCAAGACUCCCAAGGCAAAUCAGUCUUCCCAGAAGAGCCACCCCUGUGAGAAGUGUAGUCUGGUCUUGAGAGGUAUUUUUCACUUGGCUGAGUAUGAAGAAACUCAACACAGCCAGAAAGUGUUUGGGUAUUGGGUGUGGUUGAAACAAUUUUAUUUCAGUGCAAACGUCCCAAAACACCAGAAUAUGGAAGAGAAAUUUUUCAGAAGUGGUGUAGACACAGCCUUGUUUGUAAAGAGCUGCAAAUUCCUUGGGUCAGGGAAGCCCUUUACCUGUGAGGAAGUUGAGAAGGACUUCCUGGCCACCUUGGAACAUCUCCAGCAGCAGGUCACUCACACCAGGGAGAAGCCAAACAAGAUUGCCCUAUGUGAGGCAACUUUACAAAGCAGAAAAACUCAUCAUAAUGGGGGAGAGUACAAGAAGUCUUUCAGCCCCAAACACAUACUUGUUCAGGACCAGGGUGUCCACACUGGAAGACAGUGUUUUGUGUGCAGUGAAUGUGGGAAAGCAUUUAGGUCCAAAUCCUCAUUUGUUUUGCACCAGAGAGCUCACACUAGAGAAAGGCUUCAUAUGUAUGGCAAAAGUGGCAGAUCUUUGAGGCAAACCUCAAGCCUCAGUCUGCAUCAAAGAAAUCAUACUGGAGCAAUGCGGUACAAGUGCAGCAAAUGUGGGAAGUCCUUUAACCAAAAGUUUGUUCUCAUUUAUCCCUGGAGAAGUCACAUUGGAGAAAAUUGUUACUUGUGCAGUGAAUGUGCACAAUCCUUUAGCCGUAGAUCUGUUCUAAUUCGGCAGUGGAUACUUCACAAUGGAGAAAGCCGUUAUGAAUGUACUCAGUGUGGGAAAUCUUUUAGACAAAAAUUUUAUCUCAUUGUACACUGGAGAGUUCACACAGGAAAAAGGCAUUAUGAAUGCAGUGACUGUGGGAAAUCUUUUACCAAUAGCUCAGUGCUCAUCCUACAUCAGAGAGUACAUAAGGGGAAAAGGCCUUUUCAGUGCAGUGAAUGUGGGAAAUCUUUUAUCAGUAGCUCAGUAUUCAUUCUGCACCAGAAAGUUCACACAGGAAAAAGGCCUUUUGAGUGCACUGAAUGUGGGAAAUCCUUUAGUCUUCAGUCUUACCUCACUCAACACUGGAAAGUUCAUAGUGGAUCAAGGCCUUAUGCAUGUAGUGAAUGUGGGAAAUCUUUUACCUCUCGCUCUGGCCUCCGUUACCAUUGGAGAGUUCACAAUGGAUUGAGGCCUUAUCAGUGUUGUGAAUGUGGGAAAUCUUUUACCUCUGUUUCCAACCUCCAUUACCACCAGAGUGUUCACACAGGAGAAAGGCCUUAUGAGUGCAAUGAGUGUGGAAAAUCUUUUACCUCCAACUCUGCCCUGUGUUAUCAUCAGAAGACUCAUGCUGGAGCUAGGCCUUAUGAGUGCACUGUAUGUGGGAAAUGUUUUUGCUCUGGUUCCCAUCUCAGUCAUCAUCACAGAGUUCAUACAGGAGAAAGACCUUAUCAGUGCAGUGAAUGUGGGAAAUCUUUUUUUGCCAGUUCCCACCUCAGUAAUCAUCAGAGAGUUCACAUAGGAGAAAGGCCUUAUGAGUGCAAUGAAUGUGGGAAAUCCUUUAUCCAAUGUUCCAACCUCAGUCAUCAUCUGAGAGUUCACGUAGCAUCAAGACCUUAUGAGUGUAAGGAAUGUAGGAAAUCUUUUAACCAUGGGUCAGCACUCAUUAGACAUGGGAGAAUUCACACAAGAGAAAGGCCUUAUGAGUGCAGUGAAUGUGGGAAAUCUUUUCGCUAUAGUUCCAUUCUCUGUGAACAUCAGAGAAUUCACGCAAGCAAAAGGUCUUAUGAAUGCACUGAAUGUGGGAAAUCCUUUAGAAGAAAUUCUUACCUCUUUGAACACUGGAGAGUUCACACUGGAGAAAAGCCUUAUAAAUGCAGUGAAUGUGGGAAAUCUUUUUCGUCUAGGUCUGGUUUCCAUUAUCAUCAGAGUUCACACAGGAUAGAGGCCACGUGAGUGUAGUGAAUGUAGAAAAUCUUUUCCCAAAAGCUCUGCACUCUCAGCAUCAGCAUUCAGAGAGAUAAAAGGCCUUAAGUGUGUGAUGUGUGUGGGAAAGUCUUUACCUCUAGCACCACCCCUUGUUCUCAUCAGAGAAUUCACAAGAGACAGCCUCUUUAGUGCUAGGAAUUUGGGAAAUUCUUCCCUAAAGAGUUCACCUCAAUAAUAAUUAUACACAGUAGAGUUUACACUGUAGAAAGGCCUUAAAUGUGCAAGGGAAUGUGUAGUUUUCUUGUUCAGUGUGACAAUGCUAGAAGAAACUGAGGAGCUGUCCUUCCGAAUUCAGUCUCACACUUGCAGUUGUCCACAGGCAUCAGUUUCAGAUAUGUGGAAAGCGUGUGUGGCUGUGUUUCACUUUCUAACCUAUCUGUGGCUCUUGUCAGAUUUAUGUCACUGCCACUUAAUGUGGCCAAAGCCAUUUUACCUCAGCCACCUGGCAGGUCCCCACAGUGUGCAUCAGUCACCGCCACACCCCCACCCAGUGCACUCAGGAAAGCUCACCACUGGUCUCGCGUUUGUGGGGGUUGGUGUUCCUGUCUUUCUGACUACCUUGUGCAGGAGGCUGAAUCAGUGUUGGCCCAGAGAACAUCGUGAAUUCAGCUGAAAAGGACAGCUUGUUUUCAGGGAUACGUUCUCACAUGAUGAACUUUUCCAGCUUACAAGUUACUGGCCCAAAUUGCGUGCCACACGUUGCUUUGGUUUGUAUAGUACAAAUGCUUUACUGUUUGAGUCCUUUUUUGUUUUGAGUGUUCAAUUUACUGUGAGAGGAGUUUCAUAAGGAGAUUUGGGCUUUACAGGCAUGAAAGGUGAACAGUUUUUAUGGGGGUCUUAACCCCUCUUUGCCUUAGGAGGGAAAGUCUGAUGACAAAAAAUGGCUUGCCAGUUUUGGCGAAAUUUGAGUUGGUGCCAGUGAUCUCCUGGGAAAGAGGGCAAGGCUUUUUGUCCUCAUUUAAACCCUGGAUGCUAUGAGUUUAGACUCAGGUAUCACUGUGAAGAGAGGUGAAAUGUAGCAAUCUCAAGUUCCUAGAGCAACAUUAGUUUUUCCCCUUUUUCAUGAACUAUCUCAGGAGAUGUUGGCAUUUUUAAGGGGAAAUCUCAGGGUCUUGCAUAGAACACAUUCCCUGACAUCCACAGUUCCAUGGGUGAUGGUCACUGAUUUUAAGACUGUGGGGCCAGAGGAAACCGAGGCAGGUAUAUAACCUGGAUUGGGAGUAGAGGAGACAGCAGCAAACUCAAUGGAAGGUGCCUCUUCUGAAAGGGCAUCCACAAACGUCUGUGUGAUGAUGACUAAUUUGCAGCAUCGGUGUCUACACGAGUCUCAGAACUCCCAGGCAGGUUUACCUCGUGGAGCUGACAUCACAGUCAGAAACUAAUUGUAUGGUUUUGUGGAUUCUUGUGACCUCUCUGUAAUGUUCACCUCAAGGCUAUUCCUGCACAGGCAGGAAAGUAGUCCAGGGAUGUGGCUCUUGUGACCUGGCCAGCAUCCCUGUUGACUGAAGUGGGGAUGUUCUUUAUUACUGGCCAGUACUUGCUGCCACUGAAGCAAGACUGACCCCCAGAAGGCAUGACCAGAAAUUGGUCAAUUUAGGGUUGCCAAGUAUAUUUCCCCAAAAAGUGGGCUGUACAGAUUUUUUUCUAUCUUGAAGUGUUUUUAAAGCUUUAUUUAGAUAUAACUUACUUGUUGUAACUGCACAUAUUUAAAGUGAAGUAUUUGAUAAGUUUUGACCUGUGUGAAAACAUCAUCAGUAGUCAUGGUAGUGGCCAUAUCUGUCACCAUGUAUUUCCCUGGUGUCCUUUAUAAUCUCUGUCCCUGGCAAUCAGAGCCCUCCAAGUAACUGUUGAUUUCCUUUCCCUUAUAAUAGAUACCUUUUCAUUUUCUAUAAUUUAUAUGAUGGAAUCUUACAAUGUUUUCUUUUUUUCUGGUUUCUUUUAUGCUUUGUGAUUAUUUUGAGAGUCAUCAAUGAUGUUAUACAAGUAGCUCAUCCCACCUUUUUUUUUGUUUUGUUUUGAGCAAUAGUCUUAUCUUUAGAUACACCAGUAUUUAUCCAUUCACUUGUUUAUGGACAUUUUGGGUAUUUCCAGGUUUUUAACUAUUGAAAAUAAACUGGUGCAAACAUUUGUGUAGAGUUCUUAAUAUGGAAA